AUGGUCGGAAUCGAGUCCGGACAUGAGGUCCCAAGAAUUGAUGGUCUCGAAGCAUGGCUGGUGCUGGAGCGACCGGGGCUCGGAAAGUGGGCUGGGGAAGAGGGAGCCGAGAGUGGUCCGCGGUGGCGGGAGGACUGUCUUCGCCGGUGCUUCAGUUUCCUGCGCGUCGAGGGUCAACAGGCCGUAAGUGGUGGAGGUGAGGGACACAAUGUGGUGGCUGAAAGCGGCGGAGGCGCCGAUUUGGGAGAAGUCGUCAUCCUGUCAACACUUUAUGCCCUUGCUCAACGGCUCUUCCACCGCCCCAGAGGCCACUGGAACACGGCAGAAAACGACAUCUCAAAUCAUGCCUUCAUCCAAAGGAAGCAACUGGAUCAAACCGUCAAACUCUUCUUUAUAUCCACUCUAACGGAGGAAUCCAUGGCUAUUGUGAUCGGCUGCAGAACCUCUAAAGAUGUUUGGGAUGCCUUAUCAAGGGCCUACAGUCACAACUCGAAAGCCCGUGAACUCAGUCUAAAGGACGAUUUGCUUUCCCUUAAACGAGGAGAUCAAUCUGUUUCCGAUUAUACGUGCCAAUUCAAGGCGCUCUUCGAUCAACUCACUGCUAUUAGGAGACCGGUUGAUGAAUCGGACAAGUCCCAUUGGUUUCUUAGACGUCUCGGUCCCGAGUUCUCAAAUUUAACGGUUGCACAGAUGUCGCAAGAUCCUCUUCCGGAUUCUACCAAUCUUUUUGCCAAGGCACUAAGUCAUGAGUUAUUUCAAAAAUCUCUUGCCAACACUAAUCACUCACGGAAUCCUUCGCAGGUUGCCUUCACUUCAACAUAUCACGUUUGUGGCCGAGGCUUCAAGGGCAAUCGUAGUUACGGUUUUUCCUCCCAUAAAGCCCGUAGUGUGAAAUGGACCGCGAUGCAUUCGAUUGCCCAAAAUGUUUCAAUCGAAACUACGAUCGUUCUUGUCGUCCAACCAAUGCAACAAACCUUGCAGAAGCCUUUGCUGCCAACUGUAAAAUCUCGUAUGACACUCUGUGAGAUUGGUACUUAGACACAGGUGCAUCGGCUCAUAUGUCUACAGGUCGCUCUCAACUUGAUAGUGUUUCCUCCUAUACCGGUACUGAUCAUGUGACUGUCGGUAAUGGUGCGACUUUUCAAUGUCUCACACUGGUUCUAUAUCUCUGUCGCAUGAUCUUACUUUACAAAAUGUUCUUGUUGUGCCUGGUCUAUCCAAAAAUUUACUAUUUGUGAGUCAAUUGACUCGUAAUUAUCCGGUCCAAGUUGUCUUUACUGAUUCGCAAUUUCAUAUUCAAACUCGGGAUACCGGACAAAUACUUGCAAGUAGGACUCAUAAUCGGGGGCUUUAUUUGCUGGACUCUUCAAGUCACGCUCUUACCGCGAUGAUCAAUAAUACAGGUUUAAGAGCUUCUCUUGAGUUGUGGCAUUCUUUGUUUGGGCAUGCUGCCCCUACAGUUAUUUCUCUGUUAAAAAAACUUGGAUUAUUGUCUCUUACUACUUUACUUCCUCUA